AUGGGUGCCUUUGUGGCCUUGUGGUUGAACCGGCGCCUGGAGGCCCUCGCAUUCGGCCAUGCCCAACAGGUCGAGCGUCUUCACCUAUGCAAACACUUCAAGUAUCCUUCUUCCGAAUCUUCUACGAGUCCGAUUGCGCGUGGGCCUUGCACCCUGGUCCUGCUAUACAAGCUAUAUCGUGUGUGCGAGCCGCUUACACCAGGAUGCCCUCGGUGUCUAUCCGCACCUCCAAACCGACACAGGGUCCCGCUUCUUAACUACACCAGUCCGCCAGAGACAUGGUUGACGGACUUAUCAAAUAGUCCGAAGGGGGUCUCAAAUCCAUUGCUAGGUGCCGAUCUGAUAAACGCUUUGGCUUCGAUAGGCUAG